AUGCAAGCUGCGUUGGUACAAGCAGGAUUUUCGGCCCUUGGUGCGUUUCUUCAAGUGUUGUUCGACAGGAUGGCUACCCGGGAAUUCCUGAAUUUGUUCCGGGGUAGAAAGAAGGACACCAAGAUUUUGAAGAAGCUUAAGACAACAUUGAAGACACUUAGUACAGUGCUGGAUGAUGUGGAGACAAGGGAAAUGAGAGACGAGCAUGUCCGGGAGUGGCUUGACGACCUUAAAGAUGUUGUCUACCACGCUGAUGAAGGAUUGGAUGAGGUCAAUGUUAGAUAUUUUGUAAUAUUUGGAGUCAACACUGAAGCAUUGCGGGUAAAAGUGGAAGGAGAAACCGAAGAAAAACAAGGCGGCCAUACAGGCCAAAAGAGUCAUCAGGGACCAAUAAUUAAUGCUAAGAAAGUGUCUUUAAGUCUACCAUCAACUUCUUUGGUUAGUGAAUCACUUGCGGUUGGAAGGGAUAAUGAACUAGAGAAGAUAAUAAAUUUGUUGUUGUCUGAAGAUGCAAACAACAAAGAAAUUAGUGUAAUUCCUGUUGUGGGAUUACGUGGAAUUGGCAAAACAACUCUUGAGAGUGUGAAAAAUCAUUUCAAUUUGAGGGCAUGGAUGAGGGAAAGCCUCAAAGAUAAAAAGUUCCUCAUAAUAUUGGAUGAUGUCUGCAAUGAACAAUACACUGAUUGGGACAUCUUCAGGAGCUCUCUUAGGCAAGUAAAGAAGUGGAAAGGCUUGCCUCUAGCCGUCAAGACAGUGGCAGGUCUUUUGCACUCAAAGCAGGACGUAGAAGAAUGGAAGGAUGUUUUGACUAGUGAUAUAUGGAAUUUGCCACAUGGUCCAAAUGACAUCAUCCCGGCUCUAAGAUUGAGUGAUAAUUAUCUGCCUUCUCAUCUAAAAAGUUGUUUUGCUCUUUUAUCAAUAUUUCCCAAGGAUUACCCUGUUGAUCAAGAAGAGAUAAUACGAUUGUGGAUUGCCAAUGGCCUUCUGCAGCAUCCUAAAUAUGACAAAACAAUUGACGAUGGAGGGUACCAGUAUUUCUCUGAACUAAGGGUUCGAUUCUUUUUUCAAAGAAGUGGUAACAAUAAGUUUUUAAUGCAUGAUUUGGUAGAUGAUUUGGGUCAAAGUGCUUCUUCAAAGUUUUGUGCUAGGCUGGAGAAUAGCUGGCAAAACUAUACACCUGAAAGAGUGCAGCACGUCUCAUAUCUUAAAGAAGAUUACGAUGUGUUUGAGAAAUUCAAAACGCUUAAAGAUGCCAAGGGUUUGAGGACCUCUGUAAGAAUCUUGUCUUUGUCUCAACAUUCUGGAAUAAGAGAAUUACCUCCUUCAGUAAUUGGCAGUUUGAAACAUCUCCGGCUUUUAGAUUUAUCUUCAAAAGAAAUUGUAAAGUUGCCAGGAUCAGUAUCUACUCUGUACAAUCUUCAGAUGUUGUUGUUGUCAGGCUGUGCAUAUCUUAAUGAAUUGCCCAAAGGAUUGGUGGGGAAUGGCAAAGAGUUGAGAAUUCUAGAUAUGGGUGAACUGCAACAUCUUUGUGGCAACUUACAUAUUUCAGGGUUAGAGAAUGUUGUUAAUGAAAUGGAUGCAACCAGUGCAAAUCUGAAAGAUAGGAAGCUAAUUGAAAAUCUCGUAAUGGAAUGGAGUGAUUCUGAAGUUGAAAAUUCAGUUAGUACACCUUACACCUUGAGAGCUGCAACAACUGCUUCUCCUUACCAGCCUUUGGUCAACUAG